AUGAGUUAUGUGAUCUACAUAUCGUUUCCGGCGAUUCUUCUCCUUUUGAUCGUAGCUAUCGCUUUUUAUCUCAUCGGAAAGAGAAUCGGCCGGCGAGAAGGUCUGUCACAGCUUCACUACGGACCGCCGUUGGCUAGUUUACCGGCACCUGCACCGCCGCAAAACGCUGUGGAGAAGCCACCGGAGGUUUAG